AUUAAUUAUUUUAAGCCACGUAAUAUAAAACAAGACAAAAAAAAAUAUAAAUUAGGAACUAGAGGAAACAAACUUUUUUUAUAUUUUGGAGAGACACAUAUAUGGCUUGUUUCUGUUUUCUUGUUGAUCAGAAAAGAAAGAUACGACGGAGCAAACCGGCAGCAGGAACAUGUUCACGGUGUCGAAGCGGUGCCAGCGUGGCGGAAAUUAUUACACAAACAAGAGUUUGCUAUGUUCCUUUCUAUUGUAAAUCUUGGAAAGCUAUUAUGUGCACUUUUUGUGGAGCUAUUCUCAAGUCUUACAGAUAAGAUAAGCAAGCAUCACCAUAUUACUCUAUCUAUCUAUAUAUCUAUAGCUUCAUCUGUUGAUUCAAAAAAAUCUAUCGCCAACCAUUUAUAUGUAUAUAUUGGUUAGAGGACAUAUAUAUUAUAUAUAUGGUUAUCAGGGACGGAUGCAUGUAGGGACUGAGUGUGGCUAUAGCCACACCAGAAUUAUUGUAUAUAUAUGUAUAACUAUUAAUGUUAUCACAAUUGUUCUUUUGGCUUAGUGGUUAUGUAUCCCCCCAUUUACUCAAGGGUCUUGAGUUCAAGUCCUAUAUAGGUUGUUUUUUGGCUUUUAAUUUCUUUUUCUUACAAAGAAAUUGCUGCCUUGUUGCUAGUUAACUACAAAGAAUCAAGAAUAAUAG